GUAUGAGAGAGGAAGAUCCUGCUAAUUCUAGCAUUAAACAGUUAAACAAGAAAAUUCAUAGUUUAAAGAAAAAAUUAAAGCAGUUUGAUGAAGCAUUCGAAGAAGAACAUGGAUACAGACCAUCUCAUGCGGAAAAAAUGAAUUUUCCUGACAUUAAGAAGUUGAUCACUAACUUGAAUAAAGCAAGGAAAGAGUUAAAAGCAUUAAAAGAAGAAAGCCAUUCAUUAGAAUCAGGAGGACCGUCAGUCAGACCUCAUUGGCUUCCAACGAGAGAUGUACAUAUUUUGGAAGAUACCACAAAUAGUAGAGGGAUUUGUGAAUCCUGUAGCAAGUUAAAACCUUCUGUAGAAGAAUCUCUAGAUGAAGCAUUGAAAGAUUUAUCUGAUAAGAGAAAAUGUGCUCAUAGACCUGAGUUUGUAGAGGAUAUGACCAAUGAACAAGUUAUGGAUGAAAAAAUAGCAAUUCAAAAGGCCCUGUUGCAGCUAGAAAGCAUACAUGGGAGACCAACCACAAAAAUGGACAGAGACAUCAUGAGACCACUGUAUGAUCGUUAUCGCAGUGUGAAACGAAUUCUUGGUAGACCAAACACUUCAAACUCUCUAGUUAACAAAAACAAAGAUUCUGGAUCAGAACUUCAACCCAUUCUGGAACAUGUUGCUAUGGAUUUUACAUCUCCAAAAAGUAUUUCCAAGAGUGAUUUUUUUGAAACAAAAGAAACCGAUGAUAAAUGUAAAGAAUCUACAAAUAGUUCUACCCAGGAAAUAUCAUCAGAAUGGUUGACAAAAUACAAUAGUUCUAAUCUGCAUGAAUUGCCACUAUCAGAACUGUUAUAUCAGCAACAGCAAGCUCGAUCUGAGAAAAGGAGACUUCGUAGGGUUCUUAGGGAGUUUGAAGAGGAAUUUCAACAACAAACUGGAAGGAAAAUUCAGAAAGAGGAUAAAAUCCCCAUGGAAGCACUGUAUGGAGAAUACAAACACGUCAAGGGACGACUAAGGCUAUUGGAGGCACUUCUAUCCAAGCAUGACCAGUGCAAGUGAGAGAGAGAAAGAGACCGAAAUUUCGACGGCCAGUAUCUUACCUCCUUCCCAUCUUUGUCGUCUAGCCUUCUAGAUCUAUAGGAUAACUUGUUUUCGUAAACUUGUUCCUAGCGACCGUCUCGCGUCCGGAUGUCAUUAUUCCCGGGAGAAAAUCAAAACGAUUCGUAUCGUGUUUCGUGUCGCGUGGUAGACUCGUAGCCAAGGGUACUCCAGACGGACGUACUUUUUGACUUUUUUUACAUAAACAUUUUUCGGCCAAGAUAACUUGAACGAUGUUUUGUAUCUUGGCUAGAAUGUUGUUUUUCCAUUUACAUGUCAGUUUCUUUACGAGUAACAUUACGUUGUUGUGUAUUUAUAGAACUCGUGAGAAAUUAAAUAAACUAAUUGUCACAGUUUCUUUGUGCAAUAAUAAAUAUUUUAUAAAGCUGAUAUAAAAUUUUUCUGACACAAAAUAUUGACUAUUAUGUAGGUUAGUUGCAAUUGAAUAUAAUAUAAAACAUGAAAACAGUGAAACAUUCAAUAUUAAUAAAUUUAAAAAUAACUUAAAGUAUUAGUUUUAUAACAAGAAAUUUGAUUUCACUUGAUGGUGUAUCUUCAAUGUGUACUUUGUAUAUAAUAUUAAAUACUAUUUCCUGUAAAAUUCUGUGUAUUAUACU